AAAGUAUGUUAAGAGCGAUAGCCUCCAAGGACCCCUCACACAAAACACAACCAGCCGCGAGUGUUUCACUUUCUCCUGACAUCCACGACCACAGAGACACUUAAAACCAGACCAGCACUUGUUCAAGAGCAGUAUUAUCAGCGUUCUUCUCUUCAGCUCUGGGGAUUUUUUGGGGUGCCGUGAACAACUGACUGAAAGACAAGCUUUGACUCAAGCAAGUAUUUGGGAUUUUAAAAAAGUGAAUUAAACUUUUUUUGGGGACAACAUGGCACUUCGGCAGAACUCUGACAAGGAGCCAAGCAUCGAGUUGUUCAUUAAGGCUGGACAUGAUGGUGAAAAUGUGGGGAACUGUCCCUUCUGCCAAAGGCUCUUCAUGGUGUUGUGGCUGAAAGGAGUCAAGUUUACAGUGACCACUGUUGACAUGAGGAAGAAGCCAGCUGAGCUCAAAGACCUGGCCCCAGGGACGAACCCUCCUUUCCUCCUCUACAACGGCACCCUCAAAACAGACUUCAUCAAAAUCGAGGAGUUUCUCGAACAAACAGUGGCCCCUCCCAGGUAUCCUCAUCUCAGCCCACUAAACAAAGAGUCCUUUGACGUCGGCGCUGACAUUUUUGCAAAGUUCUCUGCUUUCAUCAAGAACAGUCCAAAUAACGCCUUCCAUGAGAAAAACCUCUUGCGGGAGUUCAAGCGCCUGGAUGACUACCUGAACUCCCCCCUCCCCGAGGAGAUCGACCAUAACUCCAGAGAAACCAUCACCAUCUCCAAGAGGAAGUUCCUGGACGGCGACCGCCUCACCUUAGCUGACUGCAACCUGCUGCCCAAACUGCACGUUAUUAGGAUUGCUGCCAAGAAAUACUGCGACUUUGAAAUCCCUGCCCAGUUCACAGGUGUGUGGCGAUACCUUCAGAACGCCUAUGAGAGGGAGGAGUUCAAACAGACGUGUCCAGCCGACAUUGAAAUUGAAAAGGCUUACUUCAGCGUGGCUAACAAGAGGAAGUAAACCUGUGAUUCUCUGUAAUUAAAGUCCUGUUUUCACCCAUCAUAUCCAUUCAUGUAAAGAUGGUGAUCUGUAGAGGGUGCUACAACCUCCAUGAAUACACUGUGGCAAUGAAUCAGACACUAUUCCAUCUUAAAAACUUGAUGUACUUGUAAGAUUUUGGGACAUUCAAAAAGCAAAUUGUUUGGUUGUAUGUACUGACUAUUUAUCCAUAGUCACUCGCAGAAAAAUGGUGUGUUUAUUCAACAGUGAAAAGGCCAAAUGUGCAAUUGACUGUUUAUGUUUUUGUUUAUAGUGUAAAUAUUGAUAAUUUCCCAUGCUUUUUAUGAUCAAAACACCCUUAUUAAAAUAUGAUUGUGCUAGUGUGAGUAUUAGCUGCAAAAACCUUAACAAACAGUUCGUUUUUAUGCAAAACGUAAAAUCUUCUACUAACCCUGUACAAAUACAGUUUAAUAUGAUUAAAUUGCCGCCUCACUGUCAAUUAAUAAAAAAUAUCAAAUUUA